AUGUCACGAAGGUCUAUGGACGCCAGUGGCCCUCACGAGGCAACCUCAACAGGAUACCGCCACAGUAUUGACCCUGGACGAGGUUCAGGUUCGGGUGGUCACGGCGGCAUGUUCAGUAUUCCAGAGUACUCGAGCCCUGCCUCAGACUCUGAAUCUACAUCUGGCUCAGGAACUCAGAUCGACGAGCGAAAUCGAUACUUUCACUCAAGGAGAGUGAAACCAGGCGAGGUUGAGAAACCGUGGCUUGAGAAGACCAACCCCAAAGAAAAAUGGGUGACUAUCCUUCCCAUUCUUGCCAUCUUCCUCGGCCUCGCGGUUUCUGGCUUUCUUGUCUGGGAUGGCAUUCGGAGUGUAGUCAAGAACAAGUAUUGUCUUGUUAUGGAUGAGGAUUUCAGCCAAGGUCUGAAUCCCAACAUUUGGACUAAGGAAGUCGAAGUUGGUGGCUAUGGAAACGGUCAAUUCGAGCAGACAACUAACACAGACGAGAACGUCUAUGUCGAAGAUGGUAAACUCAUCAUCAAGGCGACUUUGCAGGAUCCCAAGUUAAUGCAGAAGAACAACGUCAUCAAUCUUCUCAAGGCCGGCACUUGCACCUCUAAAGUCUGGUCCAACUGUGUUGCCUCCACCAAUUUGACUGCUGGAAAUAACAGCGUGGUUCCUCCCGCUCGAUCUGGUCGCAUCAAUACCAAGAAGGGCGCCAACAUUAGGUAUGGCCGCAUCGAGGUCACCGCCAAGCUCCCUGAGGGUGACUGGCUCUGGCCUGCUAUCUGGAUGCUCCCAAGACAGAGUGUCUACGGUGCCUGGCCUAGAUCUGGCGAGAUCGACAUCAUUGAAUCUCGCGGAAACAAUUGGACGUACAAACAAGGCGGAAACGACAUUGUUUCCUCGGCACUACACUGGGGUCCCAACUCUGCCAACGAUGGCUGGUGGAAGACCAACAACAAGCGAAAAGCCCUUCACACCACCUAUAGCGCUGGUUUCAACAUGUUUGGCUUGGAGUGGUCUGAAAAAUACCUCUUCACUUAUGUCAACACCCGACUCCUCCAAGUCACAUACACCAACUUCAAGAAGCCCAUGUAUAAACGAGGGGGGUUCCCCGACGUGGAUCAGAAUGGCACCCGGCUCACUGAUCCAUGGACCAUCUCACCUAAUGUGAACGCGCCGUUCGAUCAGGAGUUUUAUCUCAUUCUCAAUGUCGCCGUGGGCGGCACGAAUGGGUGGUUUGAGGAUGGAAAGUCUGAUAAACCGUGGUACGAUGCCUCGCCGACGGCAAAGAAGGACUUUUGGGACGCAAGAGAGCGGUGGUAUCCAACUUGGACACAGCCACAGCUUGAAGUCAGCCGAGUACUCAUGAUGCAACAGUGCAAUGGCAAUGAGGAUCUAUAA